GAAGCGCAACCGGGUGAGCGCGGGUUUCCGCUGCGAUCUAGCCGUGGGGGCGCGCGGCUUCGGGCUGCCGGGCUCCUCUCCCGCGUGUCCCGCGGCCUUCCUGAGUCGCGCGGAGACAUGAGUGACACCGGAGGCGACCGCGCGCGCCUCAGGCGCUACCCCAAGCUCCCGGUGUGGGUGGUGGAGGAUCACCAGGAGGUUCUGCCUUUCAUAUACAGGGCCAUAGGUUCGAAGCAUCUUCCUGACAGUAAUAUAAGUUUCUUACAUUUGGACUCCCACCCAGACCUCCUUAUUCCUGUGAACAUGCCAGCAGACACUGUGUUUGAUAAGGAAGCACUCUUUGGAGAACUGAGUAUCGAAAAUUGGAUUAUGCCUGCAGUUUACGCUGGCCAUUUUUCUCAAGUAAUCUGGCUUCAUCCCACAUGGGCCCAGCAAAUCAGAGAGGGCAAACACCACUUCUUAGUAGGCAAAGACAUUUCUACCACAACCAUCAGGGUUACGAGUACAGAUUAUUACUUCCUAAGUGAUGGCCUCUUUGUCCCUGAAGACCAGCUAGAGAACCAAAGGCCCUUACAGUUAGAUGUGAUUAUGGUAGAGCCUUACAAACUCUGUAGCAAACAAGAUGACAGUGACUCUGUGUCUUCUACAAAGAAGCCCAAGCUGGCACUGGGAAGUGGAGAGAGCAGUGCUGCGGCUGAUGGGGACUCUUGCUCAGAAGGACGUCGAGGAGACGCAAUGACACCAAGGAGUGACCAUGCUUGCCAGGAGCCGUCCUGCUCAUGUUCCGGAGGUCAACAGAGCCAGAACACAGCCAGCGCUGGGGCGAUUCUGGACAUACUGAAGACGGGAGAUGCGUUUGUUUUAGAUAUUGACUUGGAUUUUUUUUCUGUCAAAAACCCCUUCAAAGAAAUGUUCACUCAGGAUGAGUACAAAAUUCUACAGGAGCUUUACCAGUUUAAAAAGCCUGAUAGUAACCUUCCUGAGGACGGUUUGGUGGAUGUUGUUGAUGCUCGAACUCAUCAGUUGGAAGAUUUAGAAGCAGUCUUUGCUGAUUUGUGUGACGGUGAUAGUGAAGAAACCGUACAGAGCUGGGCUUCAAACCCUGGGAUGGGGUCACUAGUUCCACUUGUACAGAGUUUGAAAAAACGGAUGGAAGUACCAGACUAUGAAAUGGUCCACCAGGCUGGGCUAACCUGCGAUUAUUCAGAACUUCCUCAUCAUAUCAGCACAGAAGAAGAAAUUGAGUAUCUUAUUCAGUCUGUGUAUUUGCUAUUAAAAAGUCUACCAAAACCUACUCUUGUGACAAUUGCAAGGUCCAGUCUGGAUGAUUACUGUCCUCCGGAACAAGUUGACAUGAUUCAGGGAAAGGUCCUCGACGUGCUGCACUCGCUCUACGGGACCCUGGACACUCACCUGGUGUACUCAGAAGAGUCCCCUUCGAGCUGAGACCAUGCUAGGCUGCUGUGCAAUUUGGCACAGUGAUAGACCAGGCUUUUGUUUCUGGGCUUCCAGAGUGCACUUUCUUGUUAACUCUCAGUUGGAGUCAGAAAGAUACUUGGAAUCAAAUCUCCACGCAAGUAUCAGUGAACAACCACGUAUAACACUUGGGGUAGACGCAGGGGUUCUUGUUUGGCUUUAUUGUUUUUACAUCAAAUCCGUUACCCCGGUUGAUGGCUGUUAUCUUCCUUGCUUCCCAUCGCUGCCUUUGAUUCUGUAAGAGGUUUUUGGUUUUUUUUUUUCUCUUUCCCCAACAAGGGUUUGGAUGAUAUGAGAUUUAUUUAUUUAUUCGCUGAUGUUUAUUUAGCACUUUUGAGAGCCAGGCGCUGUUAAAGACAAGCUGCUCUGCCCUCGUGUGGGAGACCUGUGAAGCAAAUAAGGGCCCACAGCAGUCUCAGGGAAAAAGGGAGCGCCACGGCUGCGUCUGGAGAACUGUCGGUUCUCAGGGCCCCCUGGCCAUAAGUGUAAAGUAACAUUCGCAAAAGGCAUGUCAAAGACCCUUGCCAGGCCAUGACCGUGUUUGCAGAAAGUCUGCCGCUCUAAGAGUGUUGGAAUUGUGCCCACGCGGUUGCUAAGUCUUCUCCAGACUAGUUUGUAUGCAAGGGGUGUGGUUGAAUAGACCUAAGCAGACAAUGUUGUUGUUGUUGUUGUUGUUGUUGUUGUUGUUGUUGUUGUUGUUGUUUUGGGUUGUUUGUUUCUUGUUGGUUGGUUUGGUUUGGCUUGGGGGUUUUGUUUGUUUUUUGUUUUUUUCCAGACAGGGUUUCUCUGUGUAGCCCUGGCUGUCCUGGAA